AUGGCUAAACUCGGAAAGCUAACAAAGCUCAAGUCGGUCAUGAAGAAAUGGCCUUCUUUCACCAAGAACUACCACUCAACCACCGUGUCCACCGCCUCAACUGCCGUCUCCGAUGUCUCAAAAUGCGACGAUCUUCAACUUGUUUACGUCGGGAAGUCUCGAAGACCUUACAUGCUUAAUUCACACGUCGUCGACCAUCCGCUUUUCCAAGAACUUCUUGGUCGAUCUUCGAGAUUCAUCGAAGAACGUCACGAUCAAAAGACAGUCUUAGUAGCUUGUGAAGUCGUAUUGUUCGAGCACUUGUUAUGGAUGCUCAAAAACAGUUGCUCCGAUCAGGGCGAUGAUCGCGAAAGAAGAUCCGUCAUGGAGCUGGCUGAGUUCUACACAUAUUGA